AUGACGUCCUCGGCCACCUUCAGCGCGCUGCCCACAGCCAGACGGGGCGUGUUUAGGGCUGCCAGGGCCACCCGGCGGCCACUGCGGGUGUGCGCAAACAUAGCAACCGAUGUGGCCCCUGAGCUACGGAGCUUAGAGGUCAUGCGCAAGUUCUCGGAGCAGUAUGCCCAGAGGACGGGCACAUACUUCUGCAUGGACCUCUCGGUGACGGCGGUGGUAAUCAAGGGCCUUGCGGAGCACAAGGACGAGCUCGGCGCACCGCUCUGCCCCUGCCGCCAUUAUGACGACAAGGCAGCCGAGGCGGAGCAGGGCUUCUGGAACUGCCCCUGCGUGCCCAUGCGCGAGCGCAAGGAGUGCCACUGCAUGCUGUUCCUGACGCCCGAGGACGACUUCCGGGGCGAGGAGCAGAAGAUCAGCCUGGACCAGCUGGUGGAGAUGACAAAGGACAUGUGA